AUGAGUCAGACUGCCCUCGAACUCAUUGGCCACCACGUCCUCCAGCACCUUACCCACGACAGACCUUUGUUCGUCGCUAUACAGGGCCCUCAAGGCUCUGGUAAAUCUUAUACGUCUUCUCGCCUUCAGAGCUAUCUGGAAGCAUCGCCACACUCCCUUCGCGUUGCUGUUCUCUCCCUCGAUGAUCUUUAUCUUCCCCAUGAUCAAUUGCGAUCUCUUGCCGCCUCUCAUCCCGAAAAUGUCUUGUGGCAAGGGCGUGGACAGCCUGGGACACACGAUGUUGCGCUUGGGUUGAAAAUACUGUCUGCUCUGAAAGAUGGAAGCAACCCCGUUGAGCUGCCAAGAUUCGAUAAAAGUCUGUUCGAUGGAGAGGGGGAUCGCUUGCCCAUGGAUGGAACAGGGGUGGUGAUUAAUCAACCGCCUCGCCUCGAUGUCGUCAUUUUGGAGGGAUGGUUCGUUGGCUUUCAUCCAAUCUCUCGGGAGGAGAUUUUGAAUCGUUGGGAUGGGGUGUGGAAGGACGAAAGGGAAAAGCUGGGUUUGGGAGAAAACGAGAUGGGACGCGUCGUGGACGUGGAAGCCAUCAAUGAAAGACUCAAAGAAUACGUUGAGCUAUGGAGCUUCUUUGAUGUCUUCGUUCAGUUGAAGCCGAAUCCACCAACUUCCGUCCUCCUUUCGCAGUACGCCGUUGUUUAUCAAUGGCGCUUGCAGCAAGAGCACAAUAUGAAAGCCGCCAAUGGUGGAAGAGGCAUGUCGGAUACUGCCGUGAAAUCGUUCGUUGAUCGAUAUAUACCAGGAUAUGUUUUCUUUGGCGGCCUUUCACCUUCAGUUGUUGAUGGUAUCCCAUUGCCGAAGUGGUCUGGAAGGGGGUUGAUUGUGCAUCUCGACGAAGAAAGGAAGGUGACUGGAACCUCGUAUUUCUGA